GGUAUCAGGAAACAAGCAGACCGAGGGAGGGAAUCUCCGGCCCAGUCAGGCGGGGCCAGCCGCGUUCUCUGUGUGUUAGACUCGUACACUUUAGCAUUGAGUGUAAGGCGGCAGACAGGCGGGGGCGGCCAGGGCUGCAGUGUGUGCGCGCGGCGGCCGGUCUCACGGAUCUGUACCGACACCCAGAGAAGAACAUCCUGCCGCAUUAUCUCACUUGUGUCACGGGAGAAGAAGCCUGCGGGGACUGUGCGCCUAGAGAGCCAAACAUCCCAGAGGGUCUUGGUACUGAUUGACAGCAUAAAUGACCAGUGCACAGGUUCACCAUUUCUCCAGAUGACAUACAACUGAAGAAAGAUGUCUACAAUAACAGAAAAUGGCAACGCAACCACAGGUGAAAAGGGAAACGGGGAGAAAACAUACAAAAAGACAGCAUCAUCAGAGAUUAAAGGCACCAUCCAGCUGGGAAUAGGCUACACAGUGGGUAACCUGACAUCCAAGCCAGACAGAGAUGUGCUUAUGCAAGACUUUUAUGUAGUGGAGAGCGUGUUCUUACCAAGUGAGGGGAGCAAUCUAACCCCAGCGCAUCAUUACUCAGACUUCCGAUUCAAGACAUACGCUCCAUUAGCAUUCCGUUACUUCAGAGAGCUGUUUGGUAUCAAGCCUGAUGAUUACUUGUACUCCCUCUGCAGUGAGCCCUUGAUAGAACUGUCCAACCCUGGUGCUAGUGGUUCUUUAUUCUUUGUAACCAGCGACGAUGAAUUUAUCAUUAAAACCGUUCAGAGCAAAGAGGCUGAAUUUCUUCAGAAACUUCUACCGGGCUACUAUAUGAAUUUAAAUCAAAAUCCUUGGACACUUUUACCCAAAUUUUAUGGACUUUACUGCCUUCAGUCAGGAGGAACAAACAUUAGACUUGUUGUAAUGAACAAUGUUUUGCCGAGAUCACUGAAGAUGCAUUAUAAAUAUGACCUGAAAGGAUCAACGUACAAGCGCCGGGCGUCUCGAAAGGAACGUGAGAAGUCCUGUCCCACAUACAAGGAUUUGGAUUUUCUUCAAGACAUGCACGAAGGAUUAUAUUUCGAUCCUGAUACAUACAGCUCGUUAAUGAAAACACUACAGAGGGACUGCAGGGUGUUAGAGAGCUUCAAAAUAAUGGAUUACAGCCUGCUUCUGGGGGUCCAUGUCCUGGAUCACGCAGCCAAAGAGAAGGAAGGCGAAACGUCACAUUACUCCAUAGACAACAAGCGUCCUUCUGUUCAAAAAGUUCUGUAUUCCACCGCACUGGAAUCCAUACAAGGCCCGGGGAAGAAGGUCGACUCUCUCGUUAAGGAGAGCACAAUGGGAGGCAUUCCUGCAAAAAACCACAAGGGAGAAAGGUUGCUUCUUUUCAUGGGUAUUAUUGACAUAUUGCAGUCUUACAGGUUGAUAAAGAAGUUAGAGCAUUCCUGGAAAGCUCUGGUUUACGAUGGGGACACAGUGUCAGUACACAGACCAAGUUUUUAUGCAGACCGAUUUUUGAAGUUUAUGAACUCCAGGGUCUUUAAAAAAGUCCAAGCAUUAAAGUCUUCACCUUCCAAAAGACGAUGCAAUUCAAUUCCAGCCCUUAAGUCUUCUUCCCAGGAGAUACUGUCUCCCAACAAUCAGGAGUGGACUGAAGAGAAGAACAAAAGACUUACUGAGGGUCAGAGUUUUACCAGCCUUGAUGAAGAAGCAUUAAAUUCAAGGCAACGACCAGACCUUGUGCCAAGCACCCCAUCCUUAUUUGAAGCUGCUUCCUUAGCAACAACAAUAUCCUCUUCUUCAUUAUAUGUUGAUGAUCAGUAUCAUCAUGAAGACACUAUUCGGUAUUCCAACAGAAGUCAACCUUCAAGUUCAACAUUCACCUUGGAAGACAGUGCCUACCAGACAUCUGAGCAGAGCACCAUAGAAAUGGAAAAUGAUAAUGGGUCUGUCUUUGAUGUAUACCUAUAAAAUGAGGUAAUCUGAGAGAUGGAUCUGCUUUCAUGGGGUUGGUGUGAACAUUUUGUGCCCUGAGGAUGGACUACAUGACAUAAAGACAUUACAUUUGCCUUGGAUAUGCGAAUCAGAUUGUCCGUCAGCCUCAACUACGAUGGAGAAUAACUGGUAGUACGAGGAAAGUCCGAUUAUGUUGCACUCCAUUUUGUGGAACUGUGAAGAACUCUUUUAACAAUGUAAAAGUUCCUGCUUCCGUUGCUGAAAAUCACCUUGGACUUGGGAGUGAUUAUCACCCAGUGACUGCUUGAGUUCUACAUUUGCAUGUACCUGGUGUUAAUGCCGCAAGCAACACUUGUGAUCUGUCAUCCUGCUGAAAAACAAAGACUGAAUAAAAAAUACAGUAGAUGCAAAGUCAAUGGAAUAGUUCUUUCCUGCAAAAUAAUAAAUCACUAAGUCUUGUUGCGUUGUAAAAUAAUCCCAUGCUGCCGUUAGUUACAUGUGUUAUGGAAAACAGCUUCCUUAAAGAUAUUUUCAAUGUCUUUACUAGAAAAAAAAUGAAGAAAAUGUACUAUUUAUAACAAAGCCUUAUGUUGUGUACAUACAUGGUCUUUGAAAAUUUGUGAUUUAGUUUAAUGCUUGUAAAAGAGAAAUUAUAUAAUUUAUUUAGAAGAGAAUAACUGUAUACUAUAGUUUUAUUGAUGAAAGAAUAAAAAUAUUUUGUUCUCAG